AUGUCAUCAAGAUUGCAACAUGUAGUUAUCAAUGAUAACCCGGAAACUUUAGCAAUAUCACAAUUUUACACUAAUUAUUGUACAAAAGUAACAAUAACAAUGACAACAACAACAACAACAAAUGCAACAACAUCAUCCGUAAUAUCAUCAAAAAUGAUAACACAAUUCGGAAAUAAACAACCCGAAUCGUGCAUUUAUUCAGGAAAUCGUAAAAUUUUUGCGAAAACAUGGAAUUCAGCCAUUCAUCGUUUGUCACUUCCUAUCGUUGCUCAUCUUCAUCCUGAAUUUCAUUUUAUUAUACCAAUCGUUAAUUAUAAAAGAUUUACGGCAAAAGACGGUUCAUUUCCUGACCAUAUAAAGAAAAUGACGGAUAGAAAACGUUCAUUACAAAACAAUGAGCACUCCAAACGAGUAACGGUAAUCGAUCGACCUGGUCAGGAUAAAGUACAUUUUACCGGAGCUCGAACAAGACAUCGAAUUGUAGAUGUAUUAAAAGGAUUUGUAGGUUUUACUUUUUUUUCUAAUUAG